AUGCAUCAGUUCUUCCCGGGUAUCUUUUUCAACUUUGAGACGGUGCGAAUCUUGGGGAUGGCGCCGAGUGGCGGCGCCGAGUUGGCCGAGUGCCUUGAGGCAGUAGGCAAGAUCAAGGACAAUGACGCCGAGAGCUGGCACGCUGCCUGGGCCGAACAAGCUCUUAAAGUGGAAGCACUGGCAGAGCAAGCCCGCAAGUCCGGGGACCGGGCGGCUGCGAGAAAUGCACUGCUGCGCAGCUCUAACUACACGCGGGCCAGUUAUUACAUGAUGACUGGCGGUGGCCCGCUGGUCCCCGAUCCUCGCAUGCUGCCCAUCAUUGAGAAAUCAGUCGGCCUAUUCCGCGAAGCCACGCAGUUCUUUGACCAUGAGGGAGUCAUCCCGCUUGAGAUUCCCUUCGGAAAGAAGUCACUACCGGGUUAUCUGUAUUUGCCGCCUCCAUGGCGACGACUGCCGGGUGGAAAGCUGCCCAUCGUGAUCGCAAAUGGCGGGGCCGACGGACUCGCGGAAGAGAUAUACUUCUUAGCACCUGCCGCAGCUCUGGAGCUGGGCUACGCGGCCGUGACGUACGAAGGACCUGGCCAAGGACUCACCCUGCAUCGCGACGGGCUGCGAUUUCGCCCAGACUGGGAGGUGGUGGCUAGCGCGGUGAUUGAUCAUCUCGAAGCGGUGGCGGCGAAGCAACCGGAGCUGGGCCUGGACCUGGACCGGGUGGCCGUGUGGGGAGCAUCGUUGGGUGGUUACUUCGCCUUGCGGGCGGCGGCGAACGACCAGCGACUCAAGGCCUGCAUCGCCAUCGACCCGGUGCACGAUUUAUGGGACUUUGCCACUACUCAGGUGCCAAAGUCUUUCUUAAAGGCGUGGGAGCGAGGCUGGAUCGGCGACGGCACCGUAGACGCCGUCAUCGGCUUGGUGAUGCGCCUGGCUUUUCAAAUGAAGUGGAACAUCGCCAUCACGGGCACCAUGUUUGGCGAGCAACGACCUUCUCACAUCCUGCGCGCGAUGAAGGCUUACACGCUGCGACUUCCUGAAGGCGGCAACUUGCUGCAUCAGAUUCACUGUCCAGUCUUGGUCACAGGUGCAAGCAAAUCGCUGUACCUGGACGUGACAGACCACACCACGGCCGUGUAUGAGGGAUUGUCGGGAUUAAGGGGAGGUCAAGAGAAGCAGUUGUGGGUGGCCGAGACGCCCGGUGAGGGCGGCCUUCAAGCAAAGGUGGGCGCAUUGGCGCAAUGCAAUCAACGCGUAUUCCGCUUCCUCGACCAGCAAUUCGGCAUAGUCCGAGAGAAGCUUUAA